AUGAGACAUAUGAAAUUAGCCAUAAUAUUGGCACUUAUACUUGUUACAAAUGUAUCAUGUCAAGAACAAAAUACAAUGCCACUUCCACAAGGCUCACCAACUGCUGUUGCAGGGCAACUCUGCAUAAGUGAGUGUGGCACUUGCCCUACUCCCCAUUCACCACCACCACCAGAAUCCAUCCAACCCCUCCUGCCACCUCCACCACAACUUCCACCUCUACUGCCAAUACUCCCACCAUCCUCUGGAGGUUACCUGCCACCACCAUCUCCCAAGGUGUCACACCCACCACCAUCUCCACCACCACCACCGCCCUCAUCCUCUGGUGGUUCGCCGAAGAGUAGUGGUGGGGGUAGUGGUAAAAAACCUCCUUCCAGUGAAUCCAGUCCACCAGUUUCAUUUCCUUUGGUGAUAAAUCCAGCUGGUCCUUCCCCUCCUAACCCAUACUACUACUUCUAUGAGUCUAAUGCUGCAAUUUCAUCUCUUCCUUUGCCGAUUUACUUCUCUAUUGUUAUAAUCGUUGCUUUUAAUGUAUUAUUUCUUGUCAUAGUAUGA